AUGAAAAGGCUUAUAAGCUUUCUGGCCCUUAUAUGAUUAGCUAUGGGAGAUCCUAGAAGAAAUGCUAAAGAUGGAUACUUAGAUCCUGGAAAAAUCAGAUGAUGAAAAGAUACUUGGGCUCCUAGUCCUAUUGAGCUCUCUCAAACCAACUCUGGGACUUCCAGUGUCAUUGUCACUGUACAUUUUAGACCUCAAACAUCUUUGCCGACAACUAGGAAUUUGGGAAUUGUUAUUGUGACUGUGCCAUCAGCUUUUUCAAGCACAACAACUUAUGCAUCUGACUCUAUCGCAAUAAAUGCAAAUACUGAUACUUCGUUUUCUUUUAUUUUGGGAACAAGUUUACCUUCUGCUGGAGUCUAUGGGCCUUUCCAAAUUGUGACUAAAACUUCAUCAUCUGGGCAAAUCUACGAUGCAAACUACAUUUUUGGUUGUGUCGCAGUUUCAGCCUCUAUUUCUUCACCUUCUGCGAAUUCUUUGACAGUAGCCACGGUCACUUUGACAUCUACUACAGCUGUUGUUGGCUCCUCCGAUGGACUUACCUUUACUUUUACAAUUCCUGCUGGCACUAAUCUUUGGAAACAUGACAUUUUUGAAAUUGUCCCUGACACCUAUUGGACAAUUCCUUCAAGCCCAACUUGCACUUCUGUUGAUAUUUCAGGCAUUACUAACUAUAUCAAAGGUCCUAACGGAGACAAUAGCCUACCUUGUGCUAUUGCAGCUACCGGAGGGGCUAAUGGAGGAUAUAGCACUGCUAAAUCAACCGCAACUCCUGCUACAAACAGUGUUUACAUAUAUGGGCUUUCUCAAGACAUGAUUACAACUUCAAGUUAUCAGGUCAAGCUUCAAGUUUCAAGCUUUAUUCUUCCUCUUGCAACUAUUUUAUCUUCAAAUUUCAGCUGGAAUCUAAAAAUCUGGAGAUGGGGAACCACGAAUUUGCUUGCUCAAUUUGCUGGAAAUGGGCCAUUGACUCCAGUCGCAGGUGCCGUAACAAUUAGCUCAUGGGCCCCUUAUAACAGCAAUUUAGCUUCAACUGACAUCCCAAAUAGCAGCUCAAACAGUUUUUACUUGUUUACUAAACUCACUUUUUCAGCAGCCCACGCAAUUACAUAUGGGACAAUCGUCAUUACCUUUAACGGCAACGCAGAUAUUUCUUCCGGGUAUUGGUGGCAAGAUCAUGCAAGUACAUCCGUUGAUACUAGAGCAAAAUGCUAUCUGAAUACCUACGUAAAAGGUAUUUCAUGCAGUGUCAGUAGCACAAAGGCAACUAUAACUAUAGCAGAUAAAGUUACUUUGGCAGCGAAUACAACUAUCUCAAUCACAUUAUUGACCAAACUUACCACAGGAGCUGGAAUUAGCUCAAUAGUAACUACUGAUUCAACUAACUCUGCGACUAUUGAUCAAACUAAUAGUCCAUACUCUUGGUCAUUCAACUCUAGAGCUUCCUCAACUUAUACAAGCAUGACUAGUUUCCAAUUCUUUGCAACUGCUACAAAUGAAAUACCUAUAAGUGGAAUGCUCACUUCAGGGGAACAAAAAGGAGGAUAUACUGGAAUCCAAUAUUUAAUGUGGUAUAUGACCCCAAAAAACGACUGGUCUGCAACCACCACAUUAAUUAUCAAUUUACCAAUUUCUAAUUCAGGGGUGCAGCUGCUUAUGUCUUAUAUUACUAUUGGUGCCUCAUAUAAAGAAAAAAUACUUCAAAGCUUCGAUUAUACUUCAAGCAACCUAGCACUUGAAUCGGCUAUAAAUACCCCAACUCUCAGUGCUGGAGCUCCAGGAUCUAUUUCGAUUGUAUUUAAUGCAUUCGGAUUCCCUACAACAGGAGGUAAGAAUAUGUUUGCUUUUUCAUAUGGGGAUAACUCAAUUUAUUCUACUCGAGUUUCAUUGCCAUUUGUAGCAUCAAAUGUGGCUACUUUCUAUGAGUGCUGGGCUUGGGCUACAUCUACAGCAGAUGGAUCAAUGACUGAAUUCUCUAACUAUGUUUUCUCAGUAAUAACAUCACUUACAGAUUUUGAUUUAAAAGUUGCUUCACUGUGCACUGACAAUUAUGCUGGGAUUCCAAUUGUUGUAGUUUUCCAUGCUUUGAAUAUUAAUUUUAAUUUUGGAGACACAGAAAACCUAUAUUAUUUAGAUAUAGCUUUUAGUUCUUUAGGACGAACCAAUUUAGGGACUGAGGCAAUUGAUAUUGUGCAAAUCGCUGUAGCAAGUGCAGCAACUGGAGCGACCGCCACUAUUGAUCCAUCAUCAGAAACAGUGACUAUCUCUGGACUUGGAUUUGUUGAAGCGGACACUAAAGUAACUGUUUAUCUGCCUUAUGGGGGAGAUAUAACCUUAAGCUAUACUACAACUCAGACUUUCUAUUAUCUUGUGGCUGGAGCUGACCCAGCUAAUAAAAUGGUUCUAUAUACUGGAACAGGAGGAAGCACCUUCACUUCAUCAGGCCAAGUUUUGUUUUCUUCAGGAUCAUUUACAAGCCCCGCAUCUGGGGCAUAUACUGUUGGAGGAACUUCUGUUACUACAAGUCUAAGUGUAGCACCUAACUCUGGGGUAUCUUCUGAUGUAGCUGCUGGCUGGAUUGGAAUUGGACUACCUGUAAGUUUUACUUCUUCAUCUACUAAACUAAGCUUAGGCUCAAAUUCUGCAAAUUUGUAUAGUGUUUAUUCAUUUUCAGGAGGAUUCAUGAUUGCACCACUUUCAGCCAGUAUGAUAGUUACUCAUGGAACAGCAAACACUCUUUCAAUGGAUAGGGGCCUAAAUGUUCCAUCUUCUACAGGGUCAUGAGCAGGGGCAAUAACAGGAACGCUUACUGUAUUUAUAGCAGGCUCUGAAAUAGGCAUCCAAUGCAUAUGUGCAUCACAAUCAUCCCCAUUAACAGUAGUUAUAUACCCUGCAACAAUUACUUUAGAUAGCUGCACAUUAGACAAACUCUACGCUCAAGGCUCAGACUCAGUCGAUUCUACCCUCACCUUAGCAUUUAAUACUGUAAACCCUAUUCCUGCAGGUGGAAAAAUUACUAUUACUAUAGCUUCAAGUGCCUGGCUAUUGCCAUUAUCAAAUCAUCUUGCAACCACAUGCCAAGGAGUUGGGUUCUCUGACCAAUCCAAAACUCUGCAACAAUUUUGUUCUGUAUCAGGGACAACAGUCACUUUGACUCAAUUUUCUCAGAUUGCUGCAGGUCAGAUCAGUGUAAAGCUGUACCAUGUAAUCCCAACCUCCACGGCUGCAAGCUCAAUAAAUUGCUUUACAGAUGUCACAACUUAUGAUGCAAAUAACGGAGUUAUAGAUUUUGCAAUAGGCUUAACUAACUCUGUCACUGUAGCAGUUUCAACUGCAGUAGGUAGCACAAAUACUAAUUCAUUUGUUUCUAAGCCAUAA